AUGCAGCGUCCAGGACCAUUACCCCGCCCCUCCAGCACCAACUACCACCCCCAUCCCCCAUGCCUCAUCCCAGGCCUCCGUCCACCUUCCACACCCCCACUCCCCACCGUCCCACCACUCUUCAGCACCCACACACCACCGGACACACCCCUAUUCCCCACGGUCCCGCUACUCUUCAGCACCCACACACCACCGGACACACCCCUACAUUCCAUUCAGCCCCUCUUCACCCCACACCCACCGCAACCACACGCCGCCACCCAUCACCCCUCACUCACCCGCGCCCAAUACAUCGACCACCUCCUCCACCGCCACAGCGCUCUACGCACUGACUACAUCGCACUCAAAGCGCACCACCAGCGCCUUGUGCAGCAACAUGCGAACGCGCUGAAUCCGGGGCGGAACCCGACUGUGAAGGUGUAUAAGGCGGCACCAGUGGUGGUGGGGCUGGUUGGGUGGUUGGAGGGCGUGGCAAGUGGAUUGGAGAGCCUUCUGGAUGAAGUGAAUAUGGCGGAGCGGAGAGCGGGGGAGGUGUUGGCGGAGCUGAUGAAAGUGGAUAGGGAGUUGCAGGAAAUGGGGGUGCCGGUGGCGGAAGGGUAG